GGACAAAAGCGAAGUGCCUGACUCGAUAUAUAGAAGAUUCACGAAUGAGUGGUAUUUAUGUACAGUAUGCGUCUAUGCGAUUCGAUUAUGUGAUAUUAGCACAUAGUUUGUUUGUGACACAAUACGAUGAGAGUACCGGAUGUUCAGUUGUUCAAUGUUCACGCUCAUUAUAAUCACGGUAUAAUAAAUAACAGCAACAGAAUGCAACUUUUACAAAACAAAACAAAACAUAUGUACAAAAAUAACAAACACAGUCACACAAACCAGAGAAAAAAAUGUAUGGACACAAAAUUGAAAAUAUAGAGUGGAUAUUGGAUAAACCAAGAAACCAUGACCCUCGGCCUCGGGCCUCUUCUACUACAGAGAAGAAAUAAAUAAAAAAUAGUAUGCCUGAUCGAACUAUUGUCCGAAGAACAAACAGGCCGGAUAAUUAACUCAUUUACUGGUGUGGUACAUUUGGGUAUCACAUAAGCCAGUGUUUCCUGUAUUCUGAUUGGUUUUAGAAUAAUCAAUAUGAGUUUGACUUGAUAUUUAUUUACAUAUUUACAUAUAGGAUUCCAACUUCCACACCCCGAUCCAGUAUUAUUUUCAGUAGUUAUCCAUGUGAAGGAUGGCUCGGGGUGGCCUGAGGGCGCGUGCGGUCAAGGUGACCUUCCUGUGUGUGUUUCUGUGGUUCAUAUACUCACAAGCACACUCCAAACACUCUGUAGUAGACGGAGUCCUACUCUUUCUUCAAGGUGGUCUCAGACGGACCGAUGAUGGAGGAUUAUCGGCCCAGAUAGGCCCAGAACCCGUGUUGCAUGCACCGGCGGACGGUCCUCCGGAGUUGUAUAUGGAGUACAACGAGUCGACAGGUGGUGUCAUGCGAAAGCAGUUCGAAAGCUUGCUGUCGAAAUCAAUUCUUCGUCACGGAUUGGAGAGUACUUCUGCGCUCGACAGGAGCUUAGAGCGUAACAACUACAUUGUGGAUACUGCCUCACGCGUAGACUUGAUAGAUAGUUCCCAGCCGUCUGGCAGCAUAACCUUAGUCAGCGGACUGUGGGACUUGGGCAGGGGAGAGCUUUCUGAAUCCCGGAAAAGAUCGUCGGAUUUCCACCGAGACUUCAAGGAGUAUACAGACGGCUUGAAAGCUACUUUCCUCGCCAAUCCGGGAUAUAAGGUGCUUUUCCUGGACUCCAAACUCGAAGCAGAGCUGCGCCCGUAUGUAAGGGAUCCUAAGAACAACGUGAAGAACCUCAAGUUGGUGGUUAUUGAUAUUCCGCAGAUUGUCGCAUGGUUUGGUGCAGAGACAUACGCCCAGAAGGACGCAAUCAGGACAGAUCCCGAGUGGAGUGAUGUGUACGGUCCCACGGGCUGGCUGGCCUUAAGUCCUCAGGCGAAACUCAAGGACUACAACACCAUAGUCAUGUACAAGAUCAAUCUUCUGCGCAUGGCCGCACGAGCCAAUCCGUGGAAUACGGAGGCGUUCUUGUUUAUUGAUUCCAGACAUGCGUGCCACGAUCCCGGCUACUUUGUCGACGAGAACAUGGGCUUUUUAAGGCAGAACAUGGACUCUAUGUUGGUCACCCACUUCAACUACAAAGCCAUCAAGGAGACGCACGGAUUUAAAGCCGGUCACUUCAUGGAGUGGUUAGGUCUACCAGAGAGGUCUACCCACAAGGUGGUGCGUGGAGGUAUAUUCGGGGGCAAGCGCUCGUCGAUUGAAGCUGUGGCUGUGGUGUAUGAAAAUAUCCUCAGACAGACACUGGCCGAUGGGGUUAUGGGGACUGAAGAGAAUCUGUUCUCUAUCAUACUGUAUCGACAUCCGGCAUUGAUGCACGGAUUCAACAACGAUAACGCCUGCUAUGAAUCUGUCAACCACGACCACUCGUGCGAAGGGUUUGUGAACAGGGCAAACUUCUGCUCCAUCUUUGAUUUUGUCAACAGUGGUGUUAUCCACCGCGACGGUACGACACGAACACGGGUGUAUAAGAACUGAAUGUCUUCUGAGAGAUUGUAAUUGA